CAUGUUGGUCGCCGUACCUUUUGUUCUUCUUCCAUACUCUUCUGCUUUCUUUACCACCUCUUCAAACCAAUUCUUUUCCUAUCCAACCUUAUCACCCACACACAAAAUGAACAUUGAUCAACGAAUCGCGACAGUGACAAAUAUGUUCGGACAUAUCUUCGUGCGCAAGAAUCUUUGCGCUGAGGCCUUGCAGAUGGCCGGACCCGUAGCUUGUGUUAUUGUAAAUGACGCUGUCUCAUGGGUCCCCAAAAACAACCGUCUCGCGAUAGUAGGCGAUGCGAUUUUGGACACUGUACUGUGCCGGAAGUGGUACGAAGGCAGUGAUUCGGCAGGACCCAGGCCUGCCCACGCGUGGUCGUCCGCACGACUACAAAUCGUCGGGAACGAGGCUCUGAACGUGCGCGGCAAUGCCCUGGGAUUGGGGCCAAUGAUAAUUGCCGGCGGUGGCUUCGCUGGGGCAGCUACUCCCAGCAUGAUCGCCACAACCUUUGAGGCGGUCUUUGGCGCCAUCUACAUUGAUGGCGGCGAAGCAGCGGUGUUGGACGCGGUCCAGCAUCUCGACCUCCAAAACCAUCCUUCUCUCAUGGUAACGUUUACAAUCCCCAUCCCCAACUAUAUCGAAAGCAAAGCAGCUUUCGCGCAAUUAACAUACAAUCUUUUAGAUCCCUAA